GGGUCCCCGGGCAAUAGGGGAUCAUGGGGCCCCUGUGUCCUUGCCCAAACUCAAAAAAGCCUAUGAAAAAGGUACCAUGGGCAUCUCAUGGGGCCCCCUACUGACCCCGGGCCCUCGGGCAGUGCCCAACUUUCCAAAUGGUCAGUCCGCCCCUGUGAGGGGACAAAAAGUAAAUGCUACUGAACAGGGGCGGACUGACAACUCAUGGGGCCCCCGGGCAAUAGGGGAUCAUGGGGCCCCUGUGUUCUUGCCCAAACUCAAAAAAGCCUAUGAGAAAUUUACCAGGGGCAUCUCAUGGGGCCCCCUACUGACCCCAGGCCCUCGGGCAGUGCCCGAGUUUUUAAAAGGUCAGUCCGCCCCU